AACGUCGCUCUCCUGUUGCAUGUACACGUCAAGUCAUGUAUUCAAAAAUCAUUACACGACAUUACACGAGCAACAAAGGACGCACGACUACUCGUCAAAGAAAAUCUUAAUAAAACCAGAAUUCCUCCUGUUAUUUCUGUGAGUUGAUCGUUGACAUAACAAUCAAAUUCAUCAUGCUUAAGAAUAAUGCGUACAAAAUGGAACUCCCAAAUGAUCAAGAACAACCUGUAGAUUCAAGUAGUCAAAGAAAUGAAAAUUUGUACUCGGAACCAUACGAAAAGGAAACAAUUUACGACUUGCCAUUACAACUGGGAGUAACAGCUUCACUUAGUAGUAAUUCCGUAGCAAAUACAGGAAGACGCACAAAGAGAAAUGAGGUUUACGAAAAGAGUGACAGCGACGAUGGUUCAAGAUCAGAUUCACUUCAACGACGCAGUUCAAAUUACUCGUACGCUGUAAAGACAGACACAAUCUCAUUGCUUUCGUCCAAGACACCGAGUAUUUUUGUUUACAAUAAUCCUGUGUGUUCAACAGAAGAUGAAAAUCAUCAUACCUAUGAAGAAAGUUUAGCAAGAAAUUCACGUUUCAGUCAGAACAUCGCGUACGUUGCAAACAGUGAGAAAGCGUUUACUUUGGAAAAUGUGUCGCACAACAGCAAGUUUGAAACAACAAAGCAUUCUUCGUUUAGUAAAGUAGAUAGGAAAACGCGUUUAAACUGCAUACAAAUAUUUACUCUUAUGUUGAGCAUCUUGGCGUGCUGUAUUGGAAUAAUUGCAUUUCUCGUUGCUUCAGGUUAUAUUGAAUUGAAAAACAACAAAAACGUUCCCCAAUCAGUGUCAAAUAUAAAGAGUCAAAAAUCAACAGGAGAUAAACAUAUGAAGAUGCAAGGAGAAAGAGAAAAAUCUUUGCAAAAAUUAGAAAAAGAGAAUCAAUUUUUAAAAGAAAACCACACGAAACUCACGGGAAAAUAUGAAAAACUGAAGAAAGAGAUAAUAACAACGAAAAGUAAUUUGACGACUUUGUUUGAGAAGUACAAGAAAACGUUGAAAGAGGUAAAAGAAUGGAAAGAAAAACAGACAAAAGUCAUGGAAAACAAUAUGUACGAAGCGAGUCAGAGAUUUGAAGAGAAACUCCGUAAAUUGAACGCAACAUAUUGGUCACAGUUGAAAACAGUUGAAACAAAGCUCAAUUCCAAACUGGAAAAAGUGAACACGACAAAUGAAGAACUUCAAUCUACGUUGUUAUCAAUGAACUCAACCUUUAUUUCUCAGCUGCCCCCAGGUCCUCCGGGAAGGAUGGGACCAGUAGGACCACAAGGUCCAAAGGGAGAUAAAGGAGCUCAAGGUGAACAAGGAAUCCAAGGUGUAGCUGGUAUUGGAAACGUAUCUAGGUGUAUGUACAAGUCAAUUUCUGCCCUUGGUACAACACAUAAUUCACAUACAUUUGCAAAAUCAAAAUAUUACGAGCCAAAGGAUAUGAAAGUAAUGGCUGCCACAUGUGGCAUGAAAAAAGACAGAGGAUCUGCAAUCACGAAUCUUGUUAAAUCCGACACAAAUGGAAGAUCAUUGUAUUUAUGUGAAUGUGUGGGAAAGUCGAAAUAUGGAAGAUAUGUACCAUCACGCAAAAUCAUUGAAUGUGUUAUACAUCUUUGGAUAUGUCCCGUUUAGCGUAGAAACAGCAAUCAACCAAUCAUGUAUUCUUAAGGUUUGGUAUAAACGCCGUCUCAAGCCUGAUUUUUUAAGGAAUAAUUUUAAAAUGGUAUAAAACAUGGGAUUAUGUAUAAAAUAUAAUUUCGUGCACCUAAAUUUUAACUCCCAGACUUUCCCAUGUCUUAUACAUACUUUCUACAAAUAUACGUGGAAAAUAAUUCAUAAAACAUAUCUACACCGUACUAUUUAGCUAUAGUAAAAAACAUUUCUUGACAAUGAAGUAUUCUUCAACGUCUUCAACGACAGAAAUAAGUUGAUCUUCGAAACUAAACAUUAUACAAACAUGACGACACUUACCGUUGAUGUUUUUCGUUAUUCGGAGAAAUAAUUACCAACAAUUUUUCAUUGGUCACCAUUGUAGCUACCAUUCUUUAUUAAACCUGAAAAUUUAAUCAACUUAUUUUGAUAUGUUAUAGAUAAAAAUUAUUGUAAAUAUUGUAUUUUCUAUUUUUGUAAACGAAAACAACAACUUACUUAGUGAUUAUACAUUCAACGAUUGCGAUAAAAAAUAAAUUAUCUCUAGUUAUGAGAAUUUUCAAUUACCAUUUUCUACAAUUUGUUACAUCGGGAAAGAGUUUUUAAACUUAGAUGUGAUAUAUUAUGGAAAUAUUAAGAAAUAAGUAAUUCACAACAAUAAACAUUUAUGAUAUAUUGUAAAAAUAUAUCAUAUGAAAUAGAGAAAAUAGAUUAACUUUUAUGAAGAGCAUGAACAAUUAUCACUUUUGUACAUAAAUAAAUAAAUUUUGAUAAAUAAAAUUAAUGAAUUUCAUGA